GAGAUAAAAGAAAUAAUGAAGUCUACAAUUUUAUUCAUUGUUUUGGUUGUUGGGCUGAUUGCCACAACACAUGCCACCAGUGAAGUUCAUAUUAGAUCAUUGAUUGCCGAAGCCAAACCAUCAUCAGUAUGGGAGUUGGAGAGAGAUGCCAGACCAAGAGAGAGAAUCCAAUUCAAGAUCCUCUUGAAGCAACAACGUCUGGACAAGUUGGAAGCAUACUUUUGGGCAUGCUCUGAUCCAACAUCAGAGAUGUACGGUCAGUUCAUGACCAGCCAGGAGGUCCAGGAUUUGGUCCGCCCAGAGUCUGAGUCAUUCGACUUGAUCACUCAGAUGCUUGUUGAUCAUGGUGUCAAAUCUGAGGAGAUCAAGCACGAGGCCGACUACAUCCAUGUGGACACUUCAACAAGUGUCGCCUCCAACUUGUUCCAAACAAGCUUCGCCCUGUACAGGAACUACAAGAACGGAAAGUCACGUGUUAGAUCUGUGGGCGCUGUCUCCCUGCCCGCCUGGACCACCGAGCACAUUGACUUUGUCACCGGUCUCACCGAGUUUGUCGAGAAGAGAUCCAAGCAGGACAACUACGCCGCAACUCACUUUGAUCACGUCGAGUUUGGUGAUGACAUCCUCAUCACGCCAUCUGUCCUCAAGUCCUACUAUGACGUGCCAUCCAACGUCACUGGCACUCAAUCAAACAACUACCAAGGUAUUGCCGCCUUCACCGACUACUUCUCAAUGGGCGCACUCCAACAGUUCUACAAGAAGUACAACAUCCCCGCUCAGAACGUCACCCGUAAUGGAUCAGACUGUUUCCCAGAGUCAUGUGAUCAAUAUGAGUCUGACCUUGAUAUCCAAUACAUUACAUCCAUGGGACAAAACAUCCCAACUUUGUUCAUGGCACAUAGUGAUGGACAGUGGAUUCUGGAUUACGCCCAGGAGGUUGCUAUGAUGAACUCGCCACCAUUGGUCCAAUCGAUCAGUUAUGGAUGGUCCGAGAUCGAGCAGUGUGAGAUCACCAGCGCUUGCUCCACAUACGGCUACAGCUCAGAGCAGUACGUCACUCGUACCAACAGCGAGUUGCAGAAGCUCGGAGUGAUGGGAAUCACCGUGCUCGUGUCCGACGGAGACGAUGGAGCACCCAGCUUGGGCGGCGCCUCUGGCAACUGUCCACUCGACGUCGGCACCUACUGCCCAACCGGAGGCUGUGCCCACACCAAGACCCUGUGCUCAGAGUUGUCGUUCGUCACCGUGUCCAACGGAUCGGUCUGUUUCUUCCCUCAGGGUGUUGAGAGUGACGGCUGCAAUGGCGUGCUACAGGACAACAACCUGUACGCUGCCAUCGCUGUGUUCAACCAGACCAACAGCCACUGCUCGCUGGCCUUUGAGAACGACCGCUCCAACCUGCCCCACGUCUACUCGACAUGCACUUGCGACAGCCUGCAGAACAUCACCUCCAACGGCUACACCAUCUCGCCCUACUCAUUCGACCUCUUCAACGGACCCAUCUUCUCGGCAGACUUCCCCGCCUCAUCGCCCUACAUCACAUCGAUUGGUGCCACCCAGUUCCUCGCCCGCAAUGGCAAGGUUACCCAAGAGCUCGGAGCAUCCAUCCUUAGCGGCGCCAAGAUCACCACUGGAGGAGGCUUCAGCACUUUCCAGACUCAGCCUUCAUACCAGGCCAAGGCUGUCGGCGCAUACUUGACCAACAACAAUGCUCUGCCACCAUCAUACUCGUUCAACCCAGCCAUGCGUGCCUACCCUGACCUGGCAUUCAACGGCCACAACUACGACAUCAUUGCCAGCACCAACCAGAACAACAUGGACCAGUGCCCAUGCGCCUCCCUGCCAGUCGACGGCACAUCGUGCUCCAGUCCCGCGCUGGCCGGCCUCAUCUCACUGGUGAACGAUCGUCUGUUGGCCAACAACAAGUCGCCAUUGGGCUUCAUGAACCCACUGAUCUACCAGCUGGCCAGCACCAACCCAUUGGCAUUCAACGACAUCACCGUUGGUAGCAACCGUUGCAACCGUGCCUAUUGCUGCCAGUAUGGAUACAGUGCCGCAGCUGGAUGGGAUCCAGUCUCUGGUUUGGGUUCAAUUGACUUUGAGCAAUUCCUUCAAGCUGUCCUCGUCGCCAAGGGCGUC